CCACCUGCCCUCAGCAUGGACAUCGGAGGACUGACCACUGUGGUCGCCAACUCUGCCUACAUCAACGCCCGUGGAAGCAUCGAUGGCUCUAAUCUGGCAGCAGCUCGGGAUAAGAAGUACCACGCUCGCCUCAAACUGCCCCACAUCACCGUGUGUGAAGGCCUGGGGGACACCCUGGACUUGGCCUUUGACUCCGUCUGCGUAGAACAGCCGAUCGGCAAGCGCCUCUUUAGGGAAUUCCUGGAUGCAAAUAAUGAGUACCACGGGGCUUGCCGUUUGUGGAAAGACAUCGAGGCCUAUGACAUGGCGGAGGACUCUGAGAGGGCGAAAAAAGCCUCAAAGAUUGUUCAGCGCUACAUGGACCCCUCUGCCAAACACCACUGCCCCUACCUGUCUGAGGACAUCAUAGCCAAUGUGAAGGAAGGUCUGGAGGCCGUAGGGGACGAGCUGUUUGCUGCAGCUUUGGCCUCCACGCUGGACUUUCUGCGGGAGGCUCCCUACAACUUCUACCUGGAGAGCAUGUACCUGAAGAGGUUCCUGCAGUGGAAGUGGCUGGAGAUGCAGCCCAUGGAUGCAGACUGGUUCCUGGACUUCCGUGUUCUGGGGAAAGGUGGGUUUGGGGAGGUGUCUGCCUGUCAGAUGAAAGCCACGGGAAAACUGUACGCCUGUAAGAAACUCAACAAGAAGAGGCUGAAGAAGAGGAAAGGCAACGCGGGGGCCAUGGUGGAGAAGAGAAUCCUGGAGAAGGUCCACAGUCGCUUCAUUGUGUCGUUGGCGUACGCCUUCCAGACAAAGGAAGAGCUUUGUCUCGUCAUGACCAUCAUGAACGGAGGAGACCUCAAGUACCACAUCUACCUGGUGGAUGAGAACAACCCCGGCUUCGAUGAGCCCAGAGCCUGCUUCUACAUCGCCCAGAUCAUCCAGGGUUUGGAGCAUCUCCACCAGAAAAGAAUCAUCUAUCGAGAUCUCAAACCAGAAAACGUGCUGCUCGAUAAUGACGGAAACGUGCGCAUAUCUGACUUGGGUCUCGCCGUGGAGCUAAAAGAAGGAAAAACUCUGACCAAAGGCUACGCUGGGACACCAGGGUACAUGGCACCAGAGAUGCUGAAAGGAGAGAAGUACGACACCUCAGUGGACUACUUCACCUUGGGGGUGACUUUGUUUGAGUUCAUUGCUGCUAAGAAUCCUUUCAGAAACAGGGGGGAGAAGGUUGAACGUGAGGAGAUGAAGGAGCGUAUGCUGACUCUGACGGUCACCUAUCCAGACAACUUCAGCGAGCAUGCAAAGUCCUUGUGCGACGGGCUGCUGGCCAAAGAGGUGGACCAGAGGAUGGGUUUUAAAAACGACUGCUGCGAUGAAAUCAGAGCACACCCAUUCUUCAACGACAUUAACUGGAGGAAGCUCAACGCAGGUAUUCUGCCGCCUCCUUUUGUCCCCGACCCUAAAGUGGUGUACGCUAAAAGUCUGGAUGACGUCGGAGCUUUCUCCUCGGUGAAGGGGGUGACCCUGGAGGAGCAGGAUAAGACCUUUUUUGAUGAAUUUGCCUCAGGCAACAUCCCCAUCCCUUGGCAGGAGGAGAUGAUUGACAUGGGUAUCUAUGGAGAGCUCAACGUUUGGGGCCCUGAAGGCAGCAUCCCCAACGACCUGCGCAGGGAGUCCAUACUAGAGCAGCCAAAGUCUUCGACGUGCUGCUUAUCGUAGAGCCACUCAGACACACUGAAAACAUACGAACCAUGCAGUGUACAGACUGAUAUUUCUUUAAAACAUGCGGCAUGAAGACUCACAUAGUCCAGACAAAGUCUCCUCUGGACUUUCUGAUUGCAGACUUUUAUUUGUGGACACUGGAAACAGCCAGGUGGAAUAAUGGGGGUGGACUUUCAGCCAGGAAUGGACUUAAGCAUAGAUUUAGGUGAUGACAAUUUUAAUUCUUUACAUUAAUCCUCUUUGGUUCUUCAGCCUCUUCCUCUUCAUCUCCUCCUCCUCCCUCUCUGUCAACAUGUUGAAUUUGUGUGUGUGCUUGAGCAGAGUUACUGUAAUGCUUAUAGAUUUGAAACGUAACGUUAGAAGCCAGCAGGGGUUUAGUUCUGCUAUCUUUGGUGCUAAGGGACAGUCACAUGUUGAACAUGUUUAUCUCCUCUACUGCAUCAUGCUCAUAUAGAGUGUAUGCCAUUAAUGGAAAAUGUUUUAUUUUUCUUAGUCUUACUCUCUGAAGCUGUUGGAUUACCAAACGAAGACAUCAGAAAUGCAAAGUUUGAAGCUUGUGGAAAAUAUUCUCUUCAGGUUUUAUUUCACAGCUGAUUCUUUUUACGUAUAGAAAGAGAAGAGCACCUCUGAUGAAUGUUGUCUAGAUGUUACCAGACAAAUAUGAGCAUAGGAGAGACGUUUACAGCUCUAUUAUUUAUUCUGAACAACAAAUCGGUGAACAAAAGCUGAAUACAUUCAGAAAUAUCAAAUGUCUGAAAAGUACUGGCAAAUAAAAUAGCUUAUUCAAUGGAAA